AGCAUUAUAGCCAUAAAUAAACAUCAUAAUGCUACCAGCAACAGCGGCAGCAGCUGCAGUAACCACAGCAGCAACAGCAGCAGCAACAGCAGCAGCAACAACAUCAGCAACAGCAGAAACAAUUAUGCAAAAUUAACAGCUAUCGCUAGUCGCGUGAAUAGUUUUAAAAAGUGCAACAAUUUAAUCAAUGCUGUGCCCAAAACCCUAACCACGCCCACACGCUUCAUACCAGCCAAGCCGGUGUUAGCCAAGCCUGCAGCCAGCCUAGCCACAGCAACAACAACAGCAACAGCAACAACAAUGGCAACAGCAGCAGCCACAGCCACAGCAGCAGCAGCAGCGACAGCAGCAACAGGCGGUGUUAAGCGCGUCAAUUUUGACCUGCCCUCGACAAUCGAUGAGGUGGCAGAGCAGGAGUGUGAAAUCGAUAACGAUAACGAUAGCGAUAUCAGCUACAGCCUAGCAUUGGCACGACCCGGCCAAAGCCACAACAAGUACAGCCUGUGCAAGCCCAGCAGCAGAGGGAGCAGCAUCUGCAAGCCGCAUAUUAUAUUCAAUGGCACCUAUCCCAUCGAUAUGCCGCUGGGCGCAACGCCGCCGGCGCCGCUGGCGUCACAUCAUCGCAGCAGCUACGAUGCCGAGGCGAAUGCGGAUCGCAGUGAAAUGCAGCGCUAUCGAUAUAUGAUGCAUGACUAUGUCAUCGAUGAGGAUGCCGAGGGCGAGGAGCUAGCCGAGGAGGAUGACUACGAUGACGAUGACGACGAUGAAGAUGCCUACGACGACGAUGCAUAUGAUGAAUACGAUGAUUAUUAUGUGCUGCAGCAGAACAAUAAUUUUCUCAGCAAAUUGGGCAUCAUCCAGCAGCCGCACCCGCAGCCGCACCCGCAGCAGCAACAGCAGCAACAGCAGCAGCAGCAACAGCAGCAGCAACAGCAGCAGCAGCAGCAACAGCAACAGCCGGCGACAACGCCGCAAAACGUUUGGUCCAUGCAGGAGCUAAUCGCCAAUCCGGACAUACCGAUCAACUAUAAGAAAAUGUGCACUGAGGUGGAGCAGAGCUUGAGCAAAUUUGAAGCGUAUCUGGAUGCCAAAGGUCAAACAACAACAACAACAACGAAAACAACAACAAAAGGCACAACACCUGGCGUGGUGCGAACAUAUGAUAUUGAUGCACCCACCGAUGGGAAUGGCAAUGGCAAUGGCAAUGGCAAUGGCAGCAGCGCCGCCGGCUUGGCUCUUAGCACUAAGAAACAGAUUUAGAUUAACAUGUCAUUAACAGUUGUUGUUUUUUCCCUAUUUUCUUGUGAAAGCAACGUGCGCAGCGUUGCCAGAUUACAGCAUCAGCAGCAGCAGCAGCAGCAGCGGCAGCUGCAAAUGAGAGUGUUGUAAAAUGUGCGGCGCACGUCGCUUGUUUCGAUUAGAGCAGGUCGGAGCUUCUACUAUCUCUAUCUCUAUCUCGCUUUUAUGUACCUGCAAUAUACAACUGUAAAUUAACUGUAAAA